CUUCUCGUGGUCACAUUUAGUUUCAAAUGCUUUCAAUUAAAUAAAUUUAUUUUGAAUAAUCCCAAAUUAUCAACUGGAGCUAUUGAAGACAGGCUGGAAUACACGUGUUGUUCAUAUCUGAAUUCUUAUCGCGGAGACGUUCUGGUUAUCGCCUUCUCUACCAAGGCACACUUCUUGCAGAUAUGCCAUUGAUGUGGUGUAGCCUUCCUGUACUUCUUGCUGCAGUAGCUGGUUUGGCUAUGAUGGAGCUGACUACAAGGGAAACAUUAGAGAUAAAUAAUUUGACAGAAUCAGUUUCUGAUGGACACACCCAGAAUCCUCAGACGUUCACUGAGAACUCAGCAACACCCCCACCUGUCUAUCUGAAUUCAAUAAGUUCACCCCUUCCCAAAGAAACUGCUCAACUCACUUCAACAACUGGUUCUCCAACGACAGGUACCUCCAUUUAUUCCACAACAGGGCCCCUGUCUCUCUCCACUCAAGAUUUCAAGACUUCUCAAGAAGCCACCACUCAGCUGAUGAAAUGGUCCACUUCUGUGGAUCCUGAACCAGUGACUGAUGUCAACCAGGACUCUUCCCCCACUAAUGGAACAGAGCAUUGGACAACAGAUAUAGGUGGAACUGAAACAGAGGUGUCUGAAGUCACAUUGACCUCAACUACAGUCACUAACACUUCAGAGCUGAGUGGAUAUGUCCAUCCAGACGUCAAGGUGAAAACCACGACUCUGCCAUCCAGCACUUUGACUUCUACAAAGAAGCUACCAAUGAGCCCCUAUCCGGUGACUACAGCUUCUCCAGUUGUGACAACUACAAAGAAAGCUAAUGAAUCAAUCUCUUUGAAACCAACCAUUCCUUUUGUUAGCAAAAUCAUCAAGACAACCACCAGAAGUAACAACAGGCUUACAAUUGCUCAGGUUACACGUAAAAAAAUUAGCCUUGUUGCUCAGUGCCUCAUAGCUAUUGCUAUUCUAGCAGGGGUCUGCACUGUCUUUGUCAUAUGCACUGUAGUCCUAUGUACUAAGCUUUCAAGUCAAAGACAGAACUAUAGGGUCAACCGGUCAAAUGGCACUGAGUUGAUCUGCAUUUCUGCUCUUUUGCCUGAAGAUGAAAGGAAACUGCGGAGACAAAUGAAGGCAAAACGGCUUCGAAAUCUCAGAGAGACCACAAUUGGUCAGAAUAGUGACAGUGAUGACGAUGACCUUACCCUCCAUAGCUUUGUGACUGAACACUAGACCUUUCCAUUAAGUUUCAGACUCAAGCCUCUCCUCCUGGUCUCUAAAUGCUGAAGUAACAACAUUUGAAUCAAUUGUAAGCUGGUGAAUUGAGUCUCUUGCUUUGGUUAAUGAGCAAGUGUCUCUGAGGAUGUUCCAUGAUUGAGGACUGUUCUUCAUCACAUAUUUGAACCCUUCAGAUCUACAGAGAUUCCUCUACUGUCUGUAAAGCUAUUGCCAUAAGCUGAGUCCUGACUCCAGCCACUGAUGCCUAUAAAGAGUGUUGUGCUUAUGUCGCUACACAGAAGACAAUACAUUUUUAAGACUUUGUACAUACACUUAUUAAAAUAGAAAUGUCGACUUGCUUUGUGUGCUGCACUUUGAAGGGUGAGCUAGUUGGAUGCUGAAAGAUUCUAAGGUCAAAAAAACAAAGCGAUAUAAUUGGAAAUUAGAUCCUAACCUCUACCUGAAGGAACCUGCCAAACUUCAGAGCUAACAUCAAACGCUUGAUGUGUUUCUGGUGCAAAAUUAUACAAUCCAGUCAUCCACACGGUUCAUUCUUAGCACCACGGCUCAGGACAGCAUCCUAAUAACUCAGUGUUGUGUUGCUAAAUGACACUUUGUCACUAAUUUCAUUGUGGCUAGAAUUAAGAAGGCUUUUUUGUAAGGUGAAGAGAGAAGAACUCUACUCUUGGUAUUUAUUUUCAAUCAAUGACCAGUGCCUUUACAACUAAUCAGAGAACGGAACAGCUGGUUUAUCUUCUGCUAAAGGAUGUAGUUAAAGGAAGUAAUUAAUUGACAGCAAGAAUAUUUUACUCAAAGUAAAAUACAGAGACUAGGGCUACAGUAAGGAUUACAAUUAGUUUUGGAUUGCACUAAUGAAGGAUUGGAACAAAUGGCCUCCUUCUAUAGCUGACUGAAUAAAUAGUUUUAGAUUGGAUGGGGUUAUUGAGGACCAUCAGGAAGGGAAUGCAAUAGUUACUUUCUUCUCCACAAGAAUAACCAUCUUUAAAGAGCGUUGCCUUAAAUGUGCCAUGCUGCCCAUCAAUGCCCUCUAACAUUGGCACCAGCAGACUUUGAAGGCUCAGUGAGAUAACAUUGUAUUAGUAUUGGAAGAGCACGUACAGCAUCAGACAGUUCUUUCAAAGAGCCAGCACAGGAUAAGACAGACCAAAUGGUCUCCCGUCAGUGCAGAUUAACUGAGAAGAUAAAUAUAGAAAUAAGUAGUAAGAGAAUUUCCCUCGAUAUAAGAGGAGCCUGUGGCAGCAUCCAGGAAGUGUCUGUGUAGCUGGAUGUGUACAAUUUCAAAGUGGGGCUUUUUGCACUUUUUCCAUAAUACUUAGCUGGGUGAGGAAGAGGCUGAUGAUCAAACACAUUUUUUGUUCCACUGAAAAAUACGUUUAAAACCGAAGGUUUGUGUGAAUUGCACUGGGUCGUCUGACAUCACAGCAGAGAGUCUUCUGGUAAUUUUACAAAUUCCAACUACUAAAAGGUUACAUUUUCCUUUAGCUUUUUAUCAGCAAACUGUAUGACAGUGGACAAAGUGGAAUCCUCAGCCAUUUCUAAAUAAAUUUAAC